AUGUCCUCCCAAAUCACCCUUACCAGCAGCGACGGCGUUGAUGUCUCUGUCGACCGUGUCGUCGCCGAGCGCUCCGUUCUGAUCAAGAACAUGCUGGAGGAUCUUGGUGACUCUGGCGAGGCCAUCCCCAUCCCCAACGUCAAUGAGGCCGUUCUCAAGAAGGUCAUCGAGUGGUGUGAGCACCACAAGAACGACCCCCAGAGCGCCACCGAUGACGAUGAUAACCGCCGCAAGACCACCGACAUUGAUGAGUGGGACCAGAAGUUCAUGCAGGUUGACCAGGAGAUGCUGUUCGAGAUCAUCCUGGCUGCCAACUACCUCGACAUCAAGGCUCUCCUUGAUGUUGGCUGCAAGACCGUCGCCAACAUGAUCAAGGGCAAGUCCCCCGAGGAGAUCCGCAAGACGUUCAACAUCCAGAAUGACUUCACCCCCGAGGAGGAAGACCAGAUCCGCCGUGAGAACGAGUGGGCCGAGGAGUAA